CGUUUCAUCAUCCUAUUGGCUCAGACGCUUCCGGCUUCUUCCUCUUGUAUGAGAUUAACAAAACGGAUAAAGUCAAUAGUACAAUGAGUAGAUAUUUGAAUUAGAGGGUAAAUUCCCCUCAUACAGUUUAACUCUUCGCCUUAAAGUGUUGUCUCGUGUUUAUUAACUGUGUGGGAUUAACUAGAAACUGCCGGCGGGUUUUCAACUAACGCUACAGUAGAUUAUUUUGCCCCAAACGGAUUGCAGCCAUGAUGGCGUCAAGCUACAACGCUAAGGAAGAGGACGGACCCAACUCGGGCGCUUCGAAUAACGGAGGCGCCGGGGUUGUGAAAAGUAAAAAGCCGGACAACACCGCGUUCAAACAGCAGCGACUGCCAGCCUGGCAGCCCAUUCUGACUGCAGGCACCGUGCUGCCUGCUUUCUUCGUAAUCGGUCUCAUCUUCAUCCCCAUCGGCAUCGGCCUGUUUGUCAGUUCAAACAACAUCAAAGAGUUCGAGAUUGAUUACACUGGUGUAGACCUUAACAAUCCAUGCUACAACUGUGCCAAGAACUUCAGCUGGAACAGCACAACACCAUGUCUCUGCUCGGUACCCUUCACAUUGGAGCAGCCAUUUGAGAGCAAUGUCUUUAUGUACUACGGCUUAUCCAACUUCUAUCAGAACCACAGACGCUAUGUGAAGUCCAGGGAUGACAGCCAACUGAAUGGUGACCAGUCUGCUUUAAAGAACCCCAGCAAGGAAUGUGAACCGUACCGUACAAGUGAAGGACAGCCCAUUGCUCCAUGUGGGGCCAUAGCUAACAGCCUUUUCAAUGACACUCUGGAGCUAUAUUAUAUUGAUUCCAAUGGCACCAAAAAUACAAUUCCUCUGGUAAAGAAGGGAAUUGCAUGGUGGACAGACAAGCAUGUGAAAUUCAGGAACCCUGGUGGAAACAACAACCUUACUGUAGCUUUCCAAGGCACAUCUAAGCCGGUGAACUGGAGGAAGCCAGUGUAUGAGUUGGACCCCUCAGAUCCGGAGAACAACGGCUUUAUCAAUGAGGACUUCAUUGUGUGGAUGCGCACGGCUGCGUUGCCCACCUUUCGCAAGCUCUAUCGCAUCAUCCAGAAGAAGUCGAGCACAACCCCCACUCUCCCCAGUGGCAAAUACAUCUUGGACAUCACUUACAAUUACCCUGUGCUCAGCUUUGAUGGUCGCAAGCGGAUGAUCCUGAGCACCAUCUCCUGGAUGGGAGGGAAGAACCCCUUCCUUGGCAUUGCCUACAUCACUGUGGGCUCCAUCUGCUUCUUCCUGGGGGUAGUUCUGCUCAUCAUCCACCAUAAAUAUGACACCCGAAACAACAGUCCAGAUAUUCCGAACUAAACUGUUCUUCUUGUAUCGCGUUUUUCUGUCUAUGCAUGCAUGGGUGACCCUAAGAGGUCCGUUCUAGACUGCUUGUUGACUUUAGCGUGAAUACACUGGUCUCUGUAAUUGUGUGUUUGUGUAAAGACAGCAUUGUCUUAAGUGUCUCAUCAAAAGCUGUUUGUGUAGGUCAACUAAGGCAAAAGAAGGAUGCUCGAGUCGGUGUCUCUGCAUAUAGCUUUGUGUCAGCUGCUGAGAAUGUCAUUUCCUGUCUUCAAAAAAAUGUAUUUAUCUUCUAUUUAUCUAUACAUUAUCAAAGUAUCUGUAUUUUAGCAAUGCUUUGCGAAUGGCUUAAUUAUUGAAGGAUGUCAUCCAUCUUCGUCCGCUAGCAGCUCCAGCAGGGGACCCCAAACUUCCCUUUCCCGAGCCACGUUAACCAGC